AUGUCAAGCACCGAGCUGGAAUCGUGCUUUAAACAGCUAAAAUCAUGCCUCGACAAACGACAGGUCGUAGUGGCGCGGAACAUCAUCGAUCGCAUCACGAAGCUGCUGAUUGAAAGUCCUACCGAAAGUCGAUCGGAAGUCGAGUACCACUUGGAGCUGGUGUUUGGCGAUGGGACCGGUUUGGUGGCGUUCCUCGAGCAGUCAUUCGGCAACGCAAAACUCUUCACAAAAGCCAACGAGGAUUGCUUUGAUUUGUGCCGUAAAACGAUCGCAAAACACUCGUCGUUGGUGCGCAAAUGGAUGGACCGUUUGGUUGCCGUUUCCCUGCGUUACAUCCGGUCGUCAUCGAUGAUGGCACGCGAACGUGAGCUGGCCGCACUGGUCCUUCAGGACUGUAUUUCGUACGGUUGUUUGGUACCCGAAAGCUACACCAAACUCGGAACGCUCGUCGAUGAACUGUUACCGGUCUUCGAACAACGCAAACCGCCCAAUCGGUUCCGGCAAAACUUGUUCGAACUGCUGGGCCAGCUGGCGAAACGUUUCCCCGAGUGCGUCCGCCAGCCGGACCGGUUACGCGACGUUUUCUUGAGUGCGGCCGAAAGCCAGCUCUUGGAGGAGAACUAUCCAUCGCUGGUGUCGCUGGCGGGUGCUAUUCGGGGGUUGGAUUUAUUUCUUUUCAAUUUCGCCCCAUCCGCCGGAGACCAAGAAUUGCGCCAGCGAAUGUAUCUGCUGGUGAAGAAGCUCUCGCUGUGGGACGAAUCACGCUCCGAGCGGCUCGUCUUUCGCAGUGCCCUGCAGCUCGUCGCGAACCAUGGCGCCCUGUUCACCGAGUACCUGUACACCGAUCACGCGCACUGGCAGAAGUCCCUGGGUGGAAACUGGAUUAAGUCAAACAAUCGCGAUGAUCAACUCGUUGGCUUGGCCGCACUAUACGCGUUUUACGGAGAGCUUGCGCGGGUUCUGUCGCGUGAAGAUCCUUCGGGCGCCGAUGACAACGAACAACGACGGACUAAGGUGAAUGUGCUCAGUCAGUACCUGGCCCACUAUCGAAAGCUGCUCAACAGUCCCGCCACUGACCGUCUCGAGGUACGCGUGGCGAUCCGGGGUUUCGGUCUGAUGGCGGGACCCUGUCACCGGUUGUCGGGGGCCAGCGUUUCACUCGAUGAGCUGCUAACGACCGUGCUCGAACGCAUCGAGUGUAUCUGCGGACGAUCGUCAACCGCCGGCAGUAUGCUUGAAGAUUUGCCCGACUUUGUGCAAUCGUUGUCGGAAAUACUGACGCACCUGGAGGGGCUCACCGGUGUGCAAAUUGUCUCGCUGCAAACGAUGACGAUCGCACUGAUCCGGGACUUCUACCAUCUGUCCACCGUUCACCACAAGCUGAUCGUUCGAUCGUUGCGUAGCACGCUGGAAAACAUUCGCAAGCUGGGUGGUAACGUACUGGACCAGCUGCUCGAUAAUGUGCUGCUUCAGGGCAUCAUCUGGAGCUGCUCUCAUGCGUUACCGUACGGACCACCGUCCUCUUCGGGCGACGCAUCCGGUCAGCAGAUCGACUGGAAGCAAGAGAUGGUAACGUACAGAAACUAUCUUCCGCUGUGGAGCGGGUUGCUAGAAAAACAUGAUGCCGAAGACGAGUCUCUCUUGGGCUCGAUCUACCGAGCACUGAUGCGGACGCUUUUCGUGAUGGUGGAAAAGCUGAACCUUUCGACCCGCAAACGCACCUUCGGCGAUGAAGAUGGCACCGUGAGGGAGCUAUUUUUCUGUGAUCCCAACAUCGACCUGGAGCCGGUGGUACCGAAAGACUUUCACAUGUUCCUCAACCUCGUCGAGCUGUUCCGAGCCUUGCUGCACGGAUCGGAGGCACACGAUGGUCGGUUCCUGGAAUGGACGCGUACGUAUUUUGAGCUGUUCGUAAAGCGUUCACUCGCCCAUCCGUUAGUGAGCGGGUUUGUGAAGCUGAUCGAGCUCGGUCUAGAGAUUGCCGAGCGUAUCGGGUACUUCCGGCGGAUGAACGAUUUCGAUUCACGCUCCACCGGCCUGCUGCUGGUGGCGUACAUUGAGCGCACGAUCCAAACGGCUCUGCACGCCAGUGGCGAACUGCAGCUAGCCUGUCUGCGCUUUGUGCUCAACGUUCCGGCGCGCUUCCUGGUGGAGUUCAUCGAUGACCAGGAACAGCAGCAACCGCUAAUGGUGGCCGUGUUCCGUGCGGCCUUCCUGCUAGGCCGCGGCAUACAUUCGGUCGCUCGCACCGCCCUCGGGUGCCUUCAGCGGUUGGUACUAUACCGUGAUCCACCGCUACACAUGGAACAACGGCAGCAAUUUCUGCGCCAAGUGCUCCCGCUACUCGAACCGUACCUACUGGUGCGUGAUUCUGCGCGAGCAGCAUCAUCCACCGUAACCGAUCGUCGCUUGGUUCGCUUCCAUCGGCAACGAACAGUUAACCUGGCGCCCGGGAAGAUUGAACGCAUCAAGCAACAGCAUCGCUUCCAACAGGCAACGGACGUUGGUGAGCUCAUGACGCUACAGUUACAGAUCCUCAACUUUUUGGCCGUUUUGCAACCGAACGAGUGUGGUUGGCUAGUGGCGGAAGGCGCCGGGGACGGUAGCGAGACUGUGAAGGGAAUGGAAGAGGCGGAGGUACAAACGCAAGGUACCACGGCAUCGUUGGUUCGCUGGGAUGCCGACAACGAACGAUCGAUCGAGCUGAGGCUGCUGGCCGCCAGCGGGACGCGUCCCUGCUUCAAGCUGGACGGCGUCAUUGGGCGCAUGUGUCGGUUGGCCGUCGAAUCGACCGACCGAGCGACAAAGCUUGCUGCCUGCGAAUUGCUUCACACGAUCAUACUGUAUCUGCUCGGCAUCCACUAUCAGGAUCAGUUGACCGGCCUGUGGUCCGACCUGUGCCAUCACUUGCUACAGCUCAGCUGCGACACGGAUCUGGCCGUGUGCCAGAUGUUUGAACCGCUGCUCUUUCAAAUCAUCCACUACGUUACGCAGCCAUCGAAGGUCGGCCAAAGUGGAACCAUGGUCCUGCUCGAUUGCUUACUGAACGCCACCGGCAGUGGCCAAAACACGGCGGUCCGUGAUCUGGCCGUUCGCAGCCUGCGCGAGUUUCUCCAGUGGACUAACCGGCAGAGCGGUGGUGCUGCGUCCGCCAACGAGCGGCGGUUGAUAAAAGUCACGCUUCUCGAUCGCCUGAAGACGUACGCCAUGGAAUCGAACCCUUCGCGACGGUACGGGGCGGCCCUUGCGUUCAACAACCUGUUCCGAUUGCUCGCCCAGGAGGACUAUCACCUGGUGCGGUACUGGGUCGAGUUGGUGCAUGCGUACGCGACAGGGUUCGUUAUGACGGAGGAUCAGGCGGCACUGGCGGUCGGUGGGGCACAAAGCGUGGCAGGUGAUGGCGAUGCACUGGACCAGUUUGCACGGGCCCUCGAGCAUCUGGCCAAGGUGCUCGCCUCGAGGAAGGCACUGUUCAACGUCCCACCGACGGAGCUUAUUCAUCCCGAGUUCCGUCAGAUCGUUCCCCCGGCGAUCGAUGGCGCGGGUCGGUUGAAGGAUGUCGUUCGUUGGCUCUUCCAGCAGUGUGUCGCCCGACAGCGUCACUAUCGUCGCCAGUGCAUGAAGCUGUUCCUGCGACUUGCGCCUCUCGUGCGCGAUGUGACGAGUGUCACCGAUUUCGUUAAACAUUUUUCACCGGAUGAAAUCGAAACCAUAUGCCUGCAGGCCGAUAAGGACCAGGGUAUCGGCAGGGCAGCGACGCUGGAAGCACUACGCAACCAACGGACGGUGUCAGUGGUGACCAACGGGUACCUGUGGUUGGAGUAUCUGCACGCUUCGCUAGACUUUGCCUGUUGGCUGCUGCGGGACGGGCUUCUUCCGGACGAAUCCUACCGAGUGGUACUCACGCGGCUACUGCCAGUGGUCCGUUACUUUCUACAAUCCGUUGUAAAUCUGUCCCUCUACGAACUAAUGCAACGGAUUGACCCACAAACGUCCGAACGGACGCACGCCGACAGCUUCGAACUGCGCAUGAACGCCGACAAAAUCGUACGCUUCGACACGCUCCGGGCCACCCUCGUUGGGCAAGUGGUCGAGUUGCUGGUACUGUUGGCCGACGAAGAGAAGACCACCGGUACGCUGCGACCGCUCACCACCGCCACGCUGUGGGAAAAUCGAUCGACGUUCGUGUUUCUGCUGAAGCUUGUGUUCGAGUCACAGACGUAUGGCUUGGAUUGCGCCAUUCCCGUCAAUCGUGAGCUCGAGUCCGGACGCAACGAAUUGUGGCACCGGGUGGAUGCGCUGAUCCGCUUUCUCUGCGAGCAUCCUUCCGACUCCAUCAAGAUACCGAUCGUAUCCGUUCUCACCGAACGGCUAAUCACCGUGACGGAAGAUGUCGCCAGUCGCAUCACGGCGCUUCUGCAGCAGCAAACCGUUAACGAGGACGACCAGAAAGCUGCCAAAGGAAUACUGUUCCUGGCCCAACACCGCUCGGCACUGCUGAUGCAACCCGACGGCGGUGCCGCUGAUCGUGAACGGUUUCGUACGGCCGCCCGGAAGAUACUGACCGAUAGCUACGACGCCAUCGGGCAGGGUGGCGUGCAAAGGACGCUUACUCCUUCGGCCGCACGCUUUGCUACGAUCGUGCUCCGAGCGGCAUACCGCAUUUCGGCCGAAAUGGAUCCCGAACUAGUGCAACGUACGAUCGUGUGCUGCCUGGCGGACGAUCCGUUACGUUCCAAUGUUCCGCACGGCCAGCACUUUCUCGCUUGCUACGGACCGGCCGUGUUCGAACUGUUUCUGACCCGCUCGGCGGACUGUCUACCGAAGCUGCUCGGUUCGUUGGUGGUCGAAAACUUUGCCACCAUCGUUCGGCUGCUGUGCGAGCUAAUGGAUUACGCGUAUCGGAAGCACGCCUCCGACAAGGAGCUUCUGGGCCAGCUGGUGGACACGUUUCUCACCUACGGCUGGGGACUACUGUUGGAGUGUUCGCGCCGUCAGGAGAACCGCUUCGGAGCGUGCGAUCAACAGCUGAUCGUGCUGAUGUCGAGCGUGGCAAUGAUCUGUCCGUUCGGUUUGAGUGGCAUCCGGUCCAAGGUGGACGCCAGCUACGGAGAAUGGCUUGCCGGGUUGAUUGGUGACCGGGCCCUACCGAUCGCACUGAAAACGAACGCGGUCGUGCUACUACCGACCGUCCUCGGGUCGGAAGCGUACGACGAAGCGAUCCACAAACCGUUCAAGGAAGCACUCGAAGCGCUCCAGGACGCACACUUUCCCGUGCGCUCGUCAGAGUUCCCACCCGACAGCCCACAGCGGAUCGGGUUCGUGAACUGUUUAGAGCGGUUGCUCGACGCGUUGGUCGUGUCCCGCUCGCCGCUGCUUCUGAAAGUGAUCGUCCAGAUGACGGCCCCGGACGGUGAGGGCAAUAUUGCGGAGCGCCAGAUUCGCAGUGCCAUCGGGCGGUUUAUGAAAGAUCAAAGCUUCACAGCCCAGUGCGCCCGGUUGCAGGAGCUGUGGGAGCUGUUCCGGGACCAUUCGUUGGCUCCCGCGAUCAGGGUGACCAUCUUGCGGCGCUAUCUGUGUACCGCCCAGUGGCACUGUGCCUACGAUACGAUUGUGGCCUUCUACGAGCGGAACAUUCGGGCGAUCUCGGGCCUCGUCGAAGUUGUCCCGCGCGGACACAACGACUGGGACGUGCAGCACGCGCUGGUCGAUCAGACAGGCGGAUUCCGGUUGGUGGAACAGUACGCAGCCCUUCUGCCCCGGGCAAUGCUUCUGGUGGAGGAUUGUGUCGUUUCGAGGGCCCUGUACGCCGGCGAUGGAUCUUUCAGCAUGACGCAGAGCACGAUCCGGGGCCAACGUUUGAUAGGUGACUUCAGCAAGCGAGCGCACCUGGCCCGCCGGACACCGUUACGCGUGCCCGGCGCCGACAGGACGACGCUGGAACGGUACCGGCAGUAUCAGUGUGCCGCUUACCGGGCGCUCGUCGCCCUCAUUUCCAACACCAACACCGAUGCGCGCAUGUAUUCCGUGCUGCUGUUCCGCGAGAACCGAGAGAUGGGUGAGUUCGUGUGGCGCAACCUGCUGGACUGCUCCGACGACCAGCUGUACGUGGAGGCAGGCCAGGAAUGGGAGGAAAUGCCGCGCAUCGUCGAAAAACGUAUCGCCAUCCGGCAGGAGGAGGCUGCCCGGGACGCGGAUCGAUCAAACCGAUCGGACGCGUCGGUGGUGGUCGGAUCGUCGCUCAGUCAGGAGGUGUCUCGGUUCGAUCUACACCACUCCGUGGUGCUGUCGGCCCGGGAAGUGGCCCUACGGGAUGCGGCCGAACUGUCCCUACGCCAGAAGGGUGCCGAGUCGGGUGUUCCGCUCGAGCGCACCAAGAUCAACGCACACGAAGUGAUGGCGAUCGUUUGCGGGUGUCUGCGGCACAUGGCCCGGGCAAAGAUCAGCACCGAGUCGGUGGUGCGCUUCAUCGUGGCCUCGCUGGGCGAUCCGGACCAGCCGACCAACGUGCGACUGUUUCUCGCCAAACUGAUCGACAAUUGCCGCACGGAACUGAAACCUCACGCAUCGCUACUGAUCGCCCCCGUCAUGCGGCUCAUCGUUGACGAGCGCAUUUUCCGUGGGUUGAACACGCUCGUGACGGAUCUGUUUGCGCUGGUUCUGGAGUGGAGUGCCGACAACGUCGUUGACGGCCGACCCAGGGAAGGUUCGUACGACGAAGUGUCGACCAUGGCCAGUACCCUUCUGCGGUUCACCGUGAAGCACUGCUGCCAGCAGCGAGCCCAGCGGGAGGUGUUCCGUUUGAACCUCGAACUAAUACGGGCGAUCAUCCGACAGUGGCACAGUGUGCUGAUCGUGCCCACGGAGCUCCUGUACGGGAUGAUCGCGUCCGCGCCGACUCGCCACGCUACGCAGCAAGAUGAACUGACGGAGUUCGAGCUGAUCGCCGGUCUGCGGCUGGGAGCGAUCGUGUUGAUCAACGGAGCCGGAAACCUGGUCCCGUGGAUGGAAAGCACCCGACAGGAGUACCUGCGGGCGGUGCUUCAGUCCCUCAAAGCAGCCACCAGCACCCUAUACGGAGCGGCAGCGCAACUGCUCGGUCUGGCCUUGGCACGCCUCUUCCCUGACGGUGCUCCGCCGGAACCCACUCAGGACGGGGAGCUCGACGAUGCGAACGGUGGCCAUUUUUAUCACGCAGAGUGCAUGACGCGACUGUCCGUCAUUCAGCGGGCCCACGGGCGUAAGUUCCUGGAGAUCAUCUACGAGGUGGGCAAAGCGUUUCCCUCGAUCGUCGACCCGUUUCUAGCGUCCGUUUGCUUCCACAUACCGAGCGCGAGCGUGAAGGAGAAGCGCAUGUGCCUGGAGUUGCUGCUCGGUGGCCGGCUAGAACUGUUGGGUGACACACUGUACCCCGAGCUGGCCUCGAUGAACCUGGCGCAGUUGCUGCGGGAGAACGAUUUGCAGCUCCCGAUGCUGCAUCUGCUGAACCGAGCCAUCCCGCUGAUCGGUGCGCCCGAAGACCUGGUGCAGUUGAUCGAACCCGUUGGCCGCGUGGCACUGGAAACUGGCCGGCCGGAAGCCCGGGCGGUGGCGUAUGAAAUUCUGAUCUACAUCCACGAAGUGCGUGGUGGAGCGUUGUCCGAAGAGAGGCAACAGUACGUCUGGCGAUUGCUGCUCCGAGGGUUGAGUGAUUCGAAGGAACAGUCGGAACAAGCUGGCGAUGCUCCUGGCACAGGAGCAUCAUCCGUUCGAGUGCGCAUUCUGGAGUAUCUCACCGAGAAGGGUCGGUUGCCGGGGGAUUUGCGCAAACGGUUCCUGUACCUGCUCACGGAACUGUACGAUCCGUCGGUGGAAGCGGAUUUCCUGGGGUGCGCCGUAGCGCUUCUUCUCGAUCCGGCCAUCCGGUGCGACGAGUCAAAGGAUCGACUGUUUCUGCACGAGUACGUAGCGGCGGAUGUUAAGUUCCGCGAGUACAACAUCGAAACGGGCUGGCAACAGCGGCACUCGAUGACGGUUCUUACGCCGCUGUUUGCGGAAACGGCCAGCCAAAAGCAACAACAGCUACUGCAGUCGUACCUCGCCAGCGGAGGCUCCCAGAUGGAGGCCCACAUUCGAGCGACUCAGUUCGCCGGUACAGAUUCGCACGAUUUCCCGGACAGGGCCAGUACGUUCGAACCGACGCAAGAUCCGACACGAUACACGCGGGGCCGCGAUACGUUCGCUAUGCCGACCCAGAACUCGCUCCUGUUCGAAGCCAGCUCGUUGCAGCUUGAUCGACGGUCUCGGCGCAAGGUGGGAAGCGAAUCAAUGGCCGAAUCACCGGAUCAGGGAAUUUCGUCCUCUCAACGCACCUUCGAGCGAUUGCGUAAACGUAUCCUGCGAGACGACGCGGCCAACCGCCGGGUACAGACAGCCCGUGCCAUCGAUCGGCACUACACCGCGCAACGGCAGCACACCGAACAGCGCCGUCAAGCGGGAUCGCGCGUGACCCUUUGCCGGCGCUACCGAUUGGCCGACUAUCCAGAUCUUCAGAUCAAUCUGCUCGCCUUUCUCCUCCCUCUGCAGGCUCUUUGCCGACGCGAUGCAGGCUGCGCCCGCCACUUGUUGGUCGCCAUCUUCAAAGGACUGAUCGACGGAAUGGACGCUCCGGACGGAAGCGAGUGGAAAGCGUUCCUGGCGCAGCUCGAUUCCUCCGUACAGCGUAUGCUGGAGUCGUCGAAGCUGUGCGAUCCGAACCUGUUCGGGGCGUUGAUCGAACUGUCGCUCGGCAAGCCAACUUCCGGCCGGAUGACACUCUGCCCCCGGACCGUCACUAGUGUGGCCGGGUCAAGCAACAUGCUUACAAUGGGUGUGCUGUACGUGGAGAGUAAGCUAACCGACGACCCCGAGUUUGACGGGGCCCCAGUCCGUUCCGGUCCCGGUGCCGUCGGUGGCGACCGCUCGGAGGCGUCCCACUGGUUGCAGCUGUCCAUUCUCUAUCACGCGCUCCAGGAGCACGACGUGGUGUCGAGCAUUUUUGGCGAAAAGUGGGACAGCGAUCCUCGGUUGCGGAAUGCAAUCGAUCUGGAAGCGCUCGGCCGCUACGAUCGAGCGUACCGGGCGUACUUCGAGCUUGUGUCCGAGAGCUCACAAUCGUCCCACGCGGAGGAGCGCAACUUUUGCUACAAAUCCGCCUGCGCGUGUCUGGUUCGGCUCGGUCAGUGGGACGCGCUGCUGAAGCUGGUCGAGGAUCAGGUGUCCACGGCUUACGAUGAGCUGUGGACCGACGAGUGGAACCAGGAGCACCUGCUGCCAGCGUACAUGCAUGGGAACGUGCGCCAGAAUCUGGCCGGAGACGAGCGGGGCCGUGCGUUCUGUCAGCUGCUGCAAACCUGGAUGGAUACCCCCGAACGGGCUGCCUACAUUCGCGAGCAGUUCGGCGAGGAACUGACGGCGCUCCAGAUUGCCUGCGGAGAGACGGUGCGCGCUCGGCUGUUUGCCGAUCAAACGCAGCGUCAGUUCCUCGAGGAGUGGCACUGCGCCAGUGUCCUGUCGGAGGACUAUCGGAUUUCGUGUUUGCUGGAGGUCCGCAAAGUGGGCGAACUGCGCGCGUACAGUGAGCUGCUGGAACUGUCCCCGCCGCAGCAGGAACUGGCCACCGGAGGAAUGAUUGUGUCGUGGCAAAAUGCCAUCCCGUCCGCGUCGGAUUCACUGCUCGUGUGGGAUGCGAUCGUUGCCUAUCGACGAUUUUUGCUCGACAAACUCGACCAGGCGGCGGACGGCGGCGCUUCGGUCGAGUGCGGUCGGUCGAAACUGUCCGAACUGCUGCUGAACCUGGAGCUGGGCCUGCUGGAGGUAGCCUUCGCACAGAACAACGUAAAGUACGCCGGAAGGAUCAUUGCUCGGUUGCGAGCGGAUGAAACAAGGAUCCCCGACUGUGCCGCCGGUGGGUCUACGCAACGUCGGGAACAGUUACUGCGUCGCCGUAUUGCACGCGUACGCUUCGAACGACUGCGACACUGGGAUUCCCCGAACGCACCGAUCUCCGCGGCAGUUAAUGGAUUCCGCCGUUUGGCGCAGCUUACGAUGCGAGAAAUCAUCCCGGCAGAGCAGCUGACCCGAGCGAAAGGGGCUGCCUGGACGGAGCUGUUCCAUUACGCUGAAAACUUCCGCGAGCGAUCUCUCGACUCAGACGAGAUCGAUCCGACCGAUCUCCGUAGUAUCGUCCGAUCGACGGGAUUCACGAUCCCUGACGAUACCGAUCGGCUGCCGAGCGUUUUGAGGCAGUUCUCUCUGCACUGCCUACAGUCUACCGUCGAAGCGCUCCUUGCCGGGCGUCCUAAUCUGUUCGACAGCUUAUCCACCGCCGAGCACGCAACAUCCACGACGGAGCUGGCCGAUGCAUACCUGCGGCUGGCCCGGUACUGCUACGAAGCACUCGAGAGUGAUGCGAGCGAGGCAAGCCAGCUAUCGCUUGAGCGCCAACUGGUCACCGCGUUGCUUCCCGCCAUGCAGUAUGGUUCUCGGGAGGCUCGCCAACUGUUCCCGGUGCUGUUGCAACUCCGGAACCUCCAAAGUAACGCUCUCCGUGCGGAUUUUGACCAGCUGGUGGGCACCGUGCCAACGUGGCACUUUCUUCAGUGGAUCCCCCAGAUUCUGUCAUAUCUUGGGCUCACCACCGGGGACAGUUUUCUGGACCCACUGGUGCUGCGGCUGGUGCACGAGUAUCCGAUGCCGAUGUACUUUCCGAUGCGCCUCACACUCGAACAGGCCGCGAUGACGGACAGCGUGGCCGCGGUGCGCCCGUUUGUGUCGCGCAUUCGUGCCGCCUUACAGUUCCCCACGAUGGAUCGCUUUUCGGAGGAGCUGUACCGUGUGGCGGUACCGGAGGUGCGUCUACUCACGUUGAUCGUAAAGCUCAAGAAACAGCUCGUGUCGCUCAACGAUCCUCGCGAGUAUCGACGGUUCGUUGAAGCGCUUCUCGUGUCCACCAGCGGUACAGAACUGUUCCCCAACGAUGACGAUGACCAGCACCGGUUCGGACGGGCUCUCAUGAAGGUGUUGCCGAUUGCGCGUAGCCUACGAGCGCUCGCCGAUCUCCAUCCGGUCGACGGGCGGGCCCCGAUCGCCGAGCAGUUGCGCGUCCUAGAGGACGACCUUCGGGAGCGGCGAAACCGGGUGGCGGAAGAGCAGUACCGUCUGGAGGACUUUUCGCCAUGGUUGGCCGAUUACCAUUUCAGCGGCAAUCUGCAGGAUUGUGUUGAGCUACCAGUCCACAGUCUGGGACUCGAGCCACCAAACGCCACCAACCAGUGCACGGUUCGCGUGGUCAAGAUCGUGCCGGAGUUGAGCGUGUACUCGAUGACACUCCGGAUGCCUGUGCAGAUCACGGUCCGCGCAAGCAACGGUCGUCCGUACCGUUUUCUGGCGAAGUACGGUGAAGAUCUUCGGCAGGAUCAACGCAUCCAGCAGCUCCAGCAAGAGAUCACGCACCGCCUACGGAACGAUCGGCGCUGCCGGGAGCAACGGCUCGAGCUGCGCACCUAUCCGGUCAUUCCGAUAUGCCGUGAUUUCGGGUUGAUCGGAUGGCUCGAAGGAACGGUUUCGUUGAACGACAUUGCCCGGCGGGCUAUCGGGCGCUACAACCCGAGCGAUCGCAGCAUGCGGAACGUCAAGGAGCAGUACGAUCGGUUCCUGUCGACCUUCUCGAGCCACGACCAGCUACUGAACCCGAUGGACCAGUACGGGCUGGUCGCUGUGCACGCCGAUGUCGAGCGGUUGCGGCUAAAGUACAUCGAACUGGAGCAGACGAUCCGGGACGAUACGCUCCGGCGAGCGCUCUUCGAUAUGGCCGCCUCGGCCGAAGCGUUCUAUCGGCUGCGGAUGAACUUUGGCCGAUCGUUGGCCACGAUGAACAUUACCUGCUGGGUGCUGGGGAUCGGUGAUCGGCAUCUUUCGAACAUUGUGCUCGAGCGGGCCACCGGCAAGCUGGCGGGCGUGGACUUUGGGCUGGCGUUUGGUGCGGCAACGCGUGACCUGGGCGUACCGGAGCUGGUUCCCUUCCGACUGACGCCCCAGUUCGUCGGUGUGAUGAGCCCGAUGCGGCUGGCCGGCAUCCUGCACAAGUGCCACCUGUACACGCUGCAGUGUUUGCGCGACGCACGGCCGUUGCUGCGUGCCUGCCUGGAGGUGUUCAUCCGGGAACCGAUGGUCGAUUGGCUCGAAGCGGCCCGACAACGAUCGCCCACCGCCGAUGGUAGUGGCGGCGGUGGUACUCCCCGGCCAGAGUGGCACCCGCAGACGCGGGUCGAUACGGUGAUGCACAAGCUGAGUGGAGCCAACCCGAAGUGCUUGCUGGAGGAGGAGCUGCGGGAGGGAUUGAUCAGCCGGAACCAGGGUUACCUGGGCGGGUACAUCAACAUCGUGUACUCGGCGGCCGAGCAAGUGGAGACGGCACUGGCCGCGUUCGGUGACACGAGGACACUUUCCACCGAGCUGCAGGUGGCUAUGCUGCUGGCGCUGGCCACCGACAAGAAGCUGCUCGGAAUCGCUUUCAGCGGCUGGUAUCCGUGGUUCUAA